UCCUUCUGCUUAGCUGGCCCCACCUAUAUGUUGAGCUCCUUACCUGGAGGGCGGGCAGCAUUCACAUAGGGAAAAGGUUAAGAACUCAGCUACUCAAGAAGAGCAAAGGGAAAGAGCAUUUGGCUUCGAAGGGUGAGGACGUGUGUGUGGUGAGUUUUGGAAGGGAAGCGAACCAGAAAUAUGUCUUCAACAACCACCGGUUCCAGUUUACCCAGCGGCAUGAAGGUCCUGGCUACUUUCCCUGAUAUUCUGGCCAUCCCUGAAUUUGUUUUUGGCGGCCUAGUCUGGAUCCUGGUGGCUUCCACUAAAGUUCACGAUCCGAUGAGUCAAGGCUGGGUGAUGUUCGUCUCAGUGUUUUGCUUUGUAAUUUCAACAUUGCUUUUGUUUCUAUAUAUGUGUGGCGCUCAUGGAGGGAAGUCGGCUUGGGUUGCUGUGGAUGCUUUCUACCAGGUAAUUGCUUCUCUCUUCUACCUGAGUGCGGCAGUUGUGCAAGCCUAUACUACCUAUCACAUGAAAAAUUUUCCGGACGUUUUUAAAUACUACCAAAUAGAUAUUGCAGCAGUGGUUUUUGCCUAUGCAGUCACACUGACAUAUGUGAUCCACAUGGUAUUCUCGCUGCUGAGAUGGAAGUCCUCUUAAAAAAAUAAUAAUAAAUCUCUGAAUGUCUUUUUAAAUUAGAUUUUUGCAGGUGUAUUUGGUCAGUCACUAUCAAAGUGUAUCUAAAGGAUUGUCUUUCUUUGGAAAAUUUGUAUACACAACAGUGUACUUUUAUUGUAUUCUGACAAAAAAAAUUAAACAAAUCCUUGUGCAUCUCUUUUUAGCUUAACUCCCCACCCCCCACCCCCUCCCCGAGUCUUGGUCAGAUAGCUUGCGGAACCGAGGAAACUGGGAAUAUCUCUUAAAUAUAUUUGUAUUAAAAAUGUCUUUUAUGUAAAUGGAGGUAAGGU